GUUUCGGCGAAAAUGGGCAACGGCAGACAGCUACUAACAGAGCGCAUGAGAUGGCUGACAUUGACGACGAUUACAAUCGCCGUCUUUGUCGCUGAUGCUACCGUUGUGAAUCCAGGAUUAGAAGAAUCCGCGGCUUACAAUAGUGAUUUCAGCCAGCAAACGUUUAGAAAAAAUCUGGAGAAGCGAGUCAUAUACGAAGGGGAUCAAGUGUGGAGGAUCUACAAGCACAACGAUUCCGUAACUGAGUUGGUGCAGCAAUACGACGAGCACGGUUCGUACUCAAUAUGGUCGAACCACCCGUCGGCCGUUGAUAUUUUCGUACGAAGCUACAUGCUUAGCAACGUCGAAUCGAUACUCAAAAAUUGCGGAAUAAAAUAUCAAGUUUUGAUCGACGAUGUGCAAGAGGCGAUCGAAGAUGAGAAUGUUCCUCUCACGGUGGAAAUGGCAGCUGAUCUUGAAGGACGCAAAGGUCAUCGAAUGGAAUGGACCAGCUAUCAUCGACUAGACGACAUUCUCGGCUACUUAGACUAUCUCGCCGACACAUAUCCCGAUGUCUGCUCCGUUCAGACCAUCGGUCAGUCCCUCGAAGGUCGUCCUCUUAAGGUUUUAAGAAUUAGUAACGGUAAGCCAGACGCCCCUGCUAUGUGGAUCGACGGCGGCAUUCAUGCCAGGGAAUGGAUUUCACCGGCAUCUGUGACUUACAUUAUUGACUAUUUGGUGGAGAACAGCGAAAAUUUAAAGACGGACUAUUACAUCCUGCCAGUUGUAAAUCCGGAUGGAUACGAGUACACUUUUGUUUCCGAUCGUUUGUGGAGGAAGAAUAGAAGGAAAGGCUUCAAUUGCGCAGGCAUAGAUUUGAACAGGAACUUUGGUUAUCGCUGGGGUGGAAAGGGAACCAGCAAAAAUAUGUGCCACGACACCUACCCAGGCAACAAGCCAUUCUCCGAGCCGGAGACAGAAGCCAUCCGAAAUUUCUUCGAGGCCAGUUUAGCAAAUUUCAAAGCGUAUUUGUCUUUUCACUCGUACGGUCAGUACAUUCUUUACCCGUGGGGAUAUGACCAGCGUCUACCGCCAGAUUACCUCGACCUUGACACAGCAGGCCGUCAAGCAGCUGAUGCCAUGAAGAGGGCAGGCGGUAACACCGAGUACACUGUCGGGAAUAGCGCUAUAACAUUGUAUCCUGCUGCCGGCGGUUCUGACGACUGGGCCAAGGCUCUGCUCAAGAUCAAGUACGCGUUCACGAUCGAACUGCGGGAUACUGGAAGAUACGGUUUCAUACUUCCGGCCCGUUACAUUGUUCCGACAGCCAAGGAAGCACUUGCCGCGAUACAAGUAAUUACGAAAGUUAUCGAGUCGUCGUAAUCGGAUUGCCGACUGUGCGUGGAAAAUUGGAGAAUUGUGAUUGGAAUAGUAAAUUCUUCUAGCCAGCUGAUUUGCUAAUGUAUUUUAUAUAUUGUACAAAACCUGAAGGAAUCCUUGACUUUGACAUGCGGAUUGUUUUGUAUAUUGCUGCGCAAAACUAAUGUUUUCCCACGAUUACCUUAUUAUAAGUAUAUCCUUGUAUGUAUAAAAGUUUCAGUUAAUAUCUGAAAUCGACCCUUUAUAUAGUACAACAGUUUUGCAUCUAUUGUAUUUAAACGUAUAGCUAAAAAUGUAAAUUGGAGGAAUUAAUUUUGCGAAUUAUUGAAUAACGUACAUUCCGGGAAGACAUAAUAUAUCUUUACAUAUAUUUGAAAACUCCGAAUUAAUUUCCAUAAUUAAAUUUGUUAUAAUUUCUUGUUUCAUGUAACUAUUAAUUGGAUUCCACAAUGGUUUUUAUUUUAUAUAUAGUAACUACUAAUUAUUUAGAAUACACAUAUUAGAAUAUGUACUUAAAUAUAAAUAUGUUGUAUCUUAUUUAUUUUAUUACAAUUUGAAGUGCAAAUUUGUAGUGUACGAAAGUUGCACUUUUGCGUUUGUCUCCAACGAAUUAUAUCAAAUUAAAAAAUGAAACUGCAUUUUAUAAUACUUCCAAAUCACUACACCUUUUUGCUACAGUAAAGUGAACUAUCCUAUUUGUUGUUUCUACACAAAAAUUUGUGAAUCCUGUAAAGUUUUUGAGAUAACAUCAUAAAAAAGAUCAGUAGAUAUCUUGUUCAGAUAUUAAUUUUUUUAUAAAAAGUUCGACAU